UCCUCUGUGGCCAAUGCGGGCGGGCCUGCCGACGGCAUGGCUUCCCUGGCUCGGUAAAGCGGGCCCUCCCGAGCGUAGUCCCGCGCCUCUGUGUUUGCUGUGAACCUGUGGUGCUCGGGCCCCGAGGAGGAUGGGUCCUCCUCUGGAUGUGUGGGACUUCUCGUCACCCUUGCUGUCGCUGUGGAUGAACAGAUUCUACAUCUACCUGGGCUGUGCUCUGGGAGUUACCUUUUGGAUCUGUGUCCAGAUCAUCACCAAGAAGCAGGUCACUAGCUCGCAGGAGAAAAGUGUCCCCGGAGCUCCCGGCCGCUCCCUCUCUUUUCAGAAGAAGCAGUCUCAUGUGUCUGGAGUGAAGAUCUUCUAUGGCUCACAGACAGGCAUGGCCAAGGGGUUUGCAGCGAUUCUCGCCAAAGCAGUGACCUCUCUGGACCUGCCGGUGGCCGUUGUUAAUCUGAAGGAGUAUGACCCAGACGACAGCCUGCUAGGAGAGAUCUCUAGUAAAAAUGUCUGUGCCUUCCUGGUUGCUACGUACACCGACGGCCGUCCUCCAGAGAGUGCAGAGUGGUUCUGCAAGUGGUUAGAGGAAGCAGCUAACGACUUCCGCUUUGGCAAAACCUACCUGAAGGGUUUGAGAUACGUGGUAUUUGGCCUGGGAGACUCCGCCUACCGGAGCCACUUCAACAAGGUCAGCACAAAUGUUGACAAAUGGCUUUGGAUGCUCGGCACCCAACGGGUACUGACCCGAGGGGAGGGCGACUGCAACACAGUUCAGAGCAAACAUGGCAGCAUUGAGGCCGACUUCACAGCCUGGAAGACCAAGUUCAUCUCCCGGCUGCAGGCCCUGCAGAGAGGGGAGAAAAAGGUCUGUCACAGGGACUGCAAGAAAGGGAAGUGCGAGUCGACCCAGCCCGGCCCAGGAGAGAUGCGGCCUCACCUGCAAGGCGAAUUGCAUCCCAGGGAUGCUGAGGAGGAGGAGCCGUGCGAGAGCAGCAGUGAUGAGGAGUCUGUGGCCCAGAAUUACCAGAGCCUGAAUGCCGUGGUUGAUGUCGAGGACCUGGGCAGCAUUGUGAACCCCAUGAAGAAGGAAAAGAGAGAAAAGGCUCAAGAGGAGGAGAAAGCUGUUGUGCAGAGGAACACGGAGAAGAAUGAAGACAGCGACAGGAGAGCGAUGAUAACGCCCGCUCUGCGAGAGGCCCUAACUAAACAAGGGUACCAGCUGAUUGGCAGCCACUCUGGCGUGAAGCUUUGCAGGUGGACAAAGUCGAUGCUGCGGGGCAGAGGAGGUUGCUACAAACACACGUUCUAUGGCAUCGAGAGCCAUCGCUGCAUGGAAGCCACUCCGAGUUUGGCGUGUGCAAACAAGUGCGUCUUCUGCUGGCGGCACCACACCAAUCCCGUGGGCACUGAAUGGCGGUGGAAGAUGGACCAGCCGGAACUGAUCCUGAAGGAAGCUGUGGAGAACCAUCAGAACAUGAUUAAACAGUUCAAAGUUGUGCCAGGGCUCAAGGCGGAUCGAUUUGAAGAGGGGAUGGAGGUCAAGCACUGUGCACUUUCCCUCGUGGGCGAGCCGAUAAUGUACCCAGAGAUCAACCGGCUCUUGAAGCUGCUCCACCAGCGAGGGAUCUCCAGCUUCCUCGUCACCAACGCUCAGUUCCCUGAGGAAAUCAGGAACCUCACACCAGUCACGCAGCUGUACGUGAGCGUGGACGCUAGCACCAAAGACAGCCUGAAGAAGAUUGACCGGCCGCUCUUCAAGGAUUUCUGGCAGCGGUUCCUAGACAGUUUAAAAGCCUUAGCUGCAAAGCAACAGCGCACAGUCUACAGGCUGACCCUGGUGAAGUGCUGGAACGUGGAUGAGCUCCAGGCCUACGCUAAGCUGGUGUCCUUGGGGAGCCCCGACUUCAUCGAGGUCAAGGGCGUGACCUAUUGUGGCGAGAGUGCAGCCAGCAACCUCACCAUGGCCAACGUGCCUUGGCAUGAGGAAGUUGUUCGCUUUGUCCGGGAGCUGGUUGCUCUGCUUCCUGACUAUGAAAUUGCGUGUGAACAUGAGCACUCCAACUGCCUCCUGAUUGCACACAAAAAGUUUAAAGUUGAUGGCGAGUGGUGGACAUGGAUCGAUUACAGCCGCUUCCAGGAGCUGGUCCGGCAGUACGAAGAGAGUGGGGGCUCCAGGACUUUCACGGCGAGGGAUUAUAUGGCCAGAACCCCGCAGUGGGCGCUGUUCGGUGCCAGGGAAAGAGGCUUUGAUCCCAAGGACACAAGAUACCAGAGGAAGAACAAAGCGAAGGACAUUUCCGGAUGUUGAGCUCAUCUGAGUUAAAAAUCUCCAAAGACAAAAGCUGCCUGGCCCCAGAAGGUCCCCAUCACUGUCCCCAGGACUCCAUAGCUGUUAUCUCAGAGUCUGACCUCAUCAGGAGCACCCGCCACUAAGGGCUGGACGCCUGGCUCAAGGCUUCUUAUCAGAACACAGGCCCUUUUCUGAGUUCAUUUCUGAGACAGUGAAGGCGACAGUCACCUUUGGAUUUUCAGUAGUUUUGAAUCUUAUUUUAGUAAUUUUCCUAAGUGCUAUCCCUGAGUGUUACACAGGGAAUAAACUAUCUUUGCUCUUCUUCCCGA